CAACUCUUCAUCCACCCUCUCUUUCCUAGCCACAAUCUAAUACCCACUCGUACAGCCAGACGGGCCCGGAACGCUCUUGUACUACCCACCGACCCGGGCACCCCGUCGCGCUCGCCCCGCUCGCAAGCCUACACGUAUCCCGUAUCCACGUUGCCGCCCCACUCGGACCUGCCCCAACCUCCCCGGCGCGACACCAAGCAUGGCGGCGCCCGCCCGCUCUGCGGCCAUCCAGAUUGUCCGUCCCACCGAGACGUUCAAGGGGGCCGACACGCCUGAGAAGGCCAAGAAAGAUGCGACCCAGAGACUGUGCCGAAACGUGCUGAUCUACGGAUCUUGCCGGUUCCAGGACCAGGGAUGCGCAUACUACCACCCCCUGCCCGGCACCGAUGGUGCUGCAGCUGCCCCUGCAGUGACAGCUGCUCCAGCACCGGCACCUUCGCCCGCCCCUGCGACGCCCAAGUCGAGUCUUAACCCCGCCGCUGCGACGUACGCUACACCUGAAAACAACAAGGAGACCCGCCCUGCUAUCGGUGCCGAGCACCUCGCAGCCCCAGUGUUUGUUCCCAAGACUCCUAUCACGGACACCUCUCCUCAGGCAACGGCUCGACCUGCUCUUGCCGAGUGGACCAACGCCCCAUCGUUUACUCCGCCAGUGCCUCAGACUCCAGCUGAAGGGAUGCACCCGGCCGGUUUGGGUUACGACGAGGGCCUCAACUUUGAGCCCGGCCACGCUAUCGACGGCAUGUACAUGGGUGGCCCGGCUCCGAUGCGUGUUCAGCUCGACCAGCACCUGUACACUGCACCCCUACCCCACGUUGCGACACGCCAGCCGAUGCACUCGUUCUUUAUCCCCGACGACCUGCGCCGCAUGAUUCACGCACGUCAGGAGGCGACCUACGCCAACCCUGGCAUCUCGGCUGGCCUUCCCUCCGAGGUGCAUGUGUACCACUCGCUCGUUCCAUUGGGCAACCCGAACCCGUCAAUCAGCCGUGUCUAUCAUCAUCCCGCGCCUGUCUACCGUGCGAACAGCACUGUCGACGGCAACGUCUACGCCCUGCGCCGGAUUGAGGGUUUCAAACUCUCCAACGAGGCUGCGUUCUCGGCCGUCGAGGCAUGGCGCCAGAUCCGCCAUGCCAACAUUGUAGGGCUUCGGGAGGCGUUCACGAACAAGGCGUUCAAUGACAACUGUGGGUUCAAAACGCACGCAAGGAGGUGUCCUAACCCAUUAGCGCUUGUUAUUGUCUACGACUUCCACCCGAACUCUACGACCAUUGCUGACGAGUGGUUGAGUGCCGAGGCUGUCAAUCGCCGUCGCCAGAGUGUGCAGCCCAUCCCAGAGCGCAUCAUCUGGAGCUAUGUGAUCCAAAUCGCCAACGCGCUCAAGGCUGUUCACACUGCUGGCCUCGCGGUUCGCACCCUCGACGCAACCAAGGUCCUGAUUACGGGCAAGAACCGCAUCCGUAUCAACGGAGUAGGGAUCCUCGAUGUCCUGGCGUUUGACAGUAAUACGUCUGUCCACCUGUUCCAGCAGGAUGACCUUCUCAACUUUGGCCAGCUGCUCCUGUCCCUCUGCUGCGACUUCCUGCAGCCUGGUCAGCACUUUGCCGCAGGUCUCGACUACAUCGGCAGAGCAUACUCGCUGGACCUCAAGCAGCUGGUUGGAUACCUUCUUGGCAAGCCCACGGCUCUGAAGACUAUCGACGAAGUUCUUCGUCUUGCGGGACCCCGGAUCCUCAACGAGCUCGACGCAAUCCAGACCUACAACGACGUGCUCGAGAACGACCUCGGCGCCGAGGUGGAGAAUGGACGCAUUGCCCGUCUUCUCACGAAGCUGGGCUUUAUCAACGAGCGCCCGGAGUUCGAGAUGGACCCCCAGUGGUCGGAGUCGGGCGACCGCUACGUCCUCAAGCUCUUCCGUGACUACGUGUUCCACCAGGUUGGACCGGACGGCAAGCCAGUGCUUGACCUCUCACAUGUGCUCACUACCCUCAACAAGCUUGAUGCCGGUGCCAGGUCGCGCGAGAAGAUCAUGCUCGUCUCUCGCGACAGCCAGUCGUGCCUGGUGGUCGAGUAUCGAGACAUCUACAAGUGCAUCGAGUCGGCUUACAGCGAACUGCGUAGUGCGAGUAAGCAGCCGCACCACCCACGCCGCUGAGUGCCGAGCACUCGAGGUGGAAAAUAGGCAAAACUAUAAAAACAUAUGAAAAGCUUGCAACCA